AUGAUCGGUAGAACUAUCUUAUUAAAGGCAGCUGGUGUCAACACUAGAUUAGCAGCAAUCAAUGCUGCCAAGUUGACCACUUCAAUCAAGCCAUCUUUCAACUCUUCUUCUUCUUCUUCAUCCUCCUCUGUUCAACGUUACUACUCUUCAUCUACUCAACAAGGAUUCAAGAUUGUUGAAACAAAGGCUGAAGACUUACCAAAGAACAAUCGUCCAACCUCUCCACAUCUCACCAUCUACAAGCUUCCACAACCAGCUAUCUUAUCUAUUACUCAUCGUGCUACUGGUAUUGCUAUGGGUCUUGGUCUUUUCGGAUUAGCAGGACUUGCAAUCACUGGUACAGAUAUUCCAUUAUUCAUUGAACAAUUCAAGACACUUUAUCCAUCACUUGUCAUUCCAACCAAGUUUUGCGUUGCUUUCCCAGUUGCUUUCCACUCUUUAAGUGGUGUCAGACAUUUGGUAUGUCAUUGUCACCAUGAUCAUAGUGAUAAUAAUUGGUUUAUUCAAUUCCCAAACACUAACAUUAUUUUCUGGGAUGCUACUCUUAAGGGUAUCGAAGUCAAGAGUGCUGAAACUAGUGGAUGGAUUAUUGUUGGUGUAGCUACUGCUAUUUCAUUGGUUUUAUCAUUCGUUACCAUAUCAUCUGCCUAA